UAUUGAGUUGUUACAAACAAUCAUUUCGUACACUUAGCUUGGUUACGGUUCAAUGUAAGUGUUUGCCAAUUAUAAUCAGUUCAUAUUAAAUUUUAUCGUAAAACAAUACCUCCUAAAUAUGCAAAGUCAACGUUGGAUAUUUACGUCGCCGGGUGGCGCAUAUGAGUACAAGAAAACAUCGAUCACUAAAGAGCAUUAUAUUGUACCCUUGCAAAAAAAUGAACCUACCGACGAAGUAGAACGCAAACGACGAGACCUAGAAAAGUUUAUGUGGCGUACCAUGACCGAUAGAGUUUUAAAUGAAUUGAAAGAACAGCAACUAAAUACUCGAGAUUUUCAUUCAACUUGCCAGACAUCAUAUAGUGAGUCAUAUAACAAAAAUGGAUUUAAAUUCAAAGAAUUAGGAACUGAAAUUGACGAAGAGCUUAAGCGCAAGUAUCCAUUGUACGGUGAUAUAGCAAUAACUGUUCAUCUAAAAGAAAUUAACAAGAUCAAAGCAAAAGAAUCAAUACACAAACCACUCACAGGGGUGUUUAAAAGAGAUAAUCGCUUUACUAGCCGUUUAAGUAAUCCACAAGAUACCCACAAAUCGGUUACACCAGAACAUUAUGCAUAUGUUUAA